CGCGAAAGGGCGCUGCGAUCACGCCGCCAUUUCGAAAAAAUUUUUUUUGUAACUUUUUUUUUGCUUCUUAAUUUAAUUGUAAAAAUGCAGACUGCUGUACCGUUGGCGUGUUUUUUAUCUAUGAUUCGUCCUCCAGGCAUCCAGUUUGAGAACGCCUUACUGCAAAUCGCGCCAGUCAAUAAGGGCAAAUGUCCUUAUGUAAGAGACAACAACGACAUCGUGUUCCAGCUUUACACGAGGCACAAUCCAACGGUAGCCCAUAGCCUCCUAAUCGAUGAUGAUGAAAGACUGUUCGCAUCGAGCAUCGACUUCAAUGACCGUACGGUGAUAUACUUCCACGCUUUCAUGGAGACACCUGAUGAUGGGAGCGGGCUGAUGAUUCGAGAAGCCUUAACACAUCGUGGUGAUACCAACGUUAUAAUGGUGGACGCACAGCGCCUCGAGGCCGGUCCGUGGUACUUCAAAGCAGCUGAGAACACUUGGUAUAUUGGAAAAAUUGGCGCUCAGUUCAUUGACUAUUUGGUGUCGAGAGGUUUAAAACUAUCGAAGACCCAUCUAAUUGGACACAGUUUGGGUGCUCAAGCCGCUGGCGUCGCUGGCAGUUCGAUAAAAUCAGGUCGAGUCUCUCGCAUCACUGGUCUGGAUCCAGCUCUACCGCUGUUCAACAAGCUCCCUCUAGAACAGAGGUUGGAUCCGUCUGAUGCUGAGUUCGUUGAUGUUAUACACACCGACGCUGGGAUUUUCGGUUUUCCAGAACAAGUGGGUCACGCGGACUUUUAUCCCAACGGCGGCAUAAGUCCUCAACCGGGAUGCGAACUUGAAGUCGUUAUACCACAGCAGCAGAUAUUACCUAAGUUUUUCUGCAGCCACUGGCGCUCAUACAUGUUCUACAGCGAAUCGAUCCUGCGACCCGCGUCGUUUGUGUCCUCACGCUGUGAAUCCUGGAGAGAGUUCUUAAGGGGAUACUGCUCGAAAGAAGAUAUCACCCACAUGGGUUUUGGAGUUGAUUUGAACGCCCGCGGUAAAUAUUUUUUGAAGACACAUCAACAGUCGCCAUAUUCGUUAGAAUAAGUUCUUUUUAAUGAUAAUUUUUAUACGUUAUAAUAUAUAUAUCCAAUAUGUAUAUAAUUCCUAAGUAGAUAAAUAAAUGAG